AUGGGAAAUGUAACGUCAAGUGUGGCAGCAAAAUUUGCGUUUUUCCCGCCAGACCCCCCGACGUAUGAUGUGUUUAGAGAAGGAGAUGGGAGGCUGGUGUUACCAGGUGUAACUGCAGACAAGAACAUGGAUGUUCAUUUGUUGGAAACUAAAGUUGGAAACAAGAUUGUGGCUACGUUUUGGAAACACCCUUUUGCACGAUUCACAGUUUUGUACUCUCAUGGAAAUGCUGCUGACCUUGGACAAAUGCAUGAGCUUUUCAUUGAACUUAGAGCUCAUUUGAGAGUCAAUAUUAUGAGCUAUGAUUAUUCAGGAUAUGGAGCAUCUUCUGGCAAGCCAUCUGAGUUCAACACAUACCAUGACAUUGAGGCUGUGUACAAUUGUUUGAAGAAGGAUUAUGGAAUAAAGCAGGAAGACUUAAUUUUGUAUGGUCAGUCUGUUGGAAGUGGUCCGACCCUGCACUUGGCUUCUCGUUUACAGAAGUUGAGAGGUGUUGUUCUUCACAGUGCAAUUCUUUCAGGCAUAAGGGUGUUGUAUCCUGUCAAGAUGACAUUUUGGUUUGACAUUUUCAAGAAUAUAGACAAAAUACGCCUUGUCAGCUGCCCUGUUCUGGUUAUCCAUGGAACAAAUGAUGAUAUUGUUGAUUUGUCCCAUGGAAAGCGCCUGUGGGAACUUGCCAAGGAAAAAUAUGAUCCCUUGUGGGUCAAAGGUGGUGGACAUUGCAACCUGGAAACUUACCCUGAGUACAUCAAGCACUUACGAAAGUUCAUAAAUGCAAUGGAGAAAAUCACCAUUGUGAAACCAACAAAGCAACUUACUCAGAACCCAAGUAUUGAAGCCAAACACAACAAGUGUUUAAGAUUUGGUAAAAAAGCUGGCACAGAUCUGGAACAUGGGGGAGUAAAAGCGUUGACAAACCCACUAAGAUUGCCUCUGGAAACUGACAUUGUUGAAGUCAUGAAAUCUAACAAAGUUGUGGCUCUAGUUGGUUUCGAGGAACACAAAGUACAAGUUGAAAGGACCUGA